UAAUGGAUUCUGCAAUAGGGACAUAUAUUUGUUAAACAAUUGAUUGUAGUAAACCUGCAACUUUGUAAUGUCCAACAUGCAUAAAGAUGGCUUUAGCUCCAGCAUACUUUUGUGAUUAAGAAUGCUUUAAACGCUAUUGGCCAAUCCAUAAGACUUUUCACAAAAAAUAAGAAGAACAAGAGGAUUAGAAAAACAAGUUUAAAUUCACAGGUCCACUCAGACCAGGUAAAAUAUCUGCAAGACUAUUUGUUCCUGAUCAUAUAAAAAAACCUGAAUGGUAUUUAAGUGGAUAACCAACAGAGGAAAUGAAAAGUAAACUUUAAUAAGUGGUUGAUUGCAAGACUCCAGAAGAUAUUCAAAAGAUGAGAGAUUGUGCAGCUAUUGGUAUUACUUUAUCUUCUAAUGUUUUGUUAAGGAAGAGGUGCAUUAGAUGCUGGCCAUGCAGCAGUCAAACCUGGAGUGACUACAGAUGAAAUAGACAAGAUAGUUCAUAAAUACAUUAUAGAUCAUGAUGCCUAUCCAUCUCCACUUAAUUACAAUGGAUUUAAAAAGUCCUUAUGUACAUCUGUUAAUGAAGUGAUUUGUCACGGUAUUCCUGAUGAUAGACCUUUGGAAAAUGGAGACAUUGUGAAUCUUGAUGUUUCUGUUUAUUACAAAGGUUUCCACAUAGAUUUAAAUGAAACCUAUUUUGUUGGUGAAGUCAGUGAAUCAUCAAAGUUUCUUGUUGAAAAAGCCUAUACUUGUUUGUAAAAAGCAAUUGAAGUAUGCAAACCAGGUACAAUGUAUAGAGAUGUUGGAAAUAUCAUUGAGAAAUAUAUAUCUGAAAAUGGAUUGGCUGUAAAUAGAACAUAUUGUGGUCAUGGUGUUGGUUAACUAUUCCAUUGUGCUCCUACGUAAUUUUAAUUAAUAUAAAAUAGUAUCCCACAUUAUGGUAAGAAUAAGGCUCCUGGAUUUAUGAAACCAGGACAUACAUUUACAAUAGAACCUAUGAUCAAUUAAGGAACUCAUUAAGAUAUUCUAUGGACUUUUGAUAAUUGGACAGCUGUAUCAAUUUAUUAUUAUUAUUAAUAAUUAGGUUACCGCUGAUGGUUAACGUUCUGCUUAAUUUGAGCAUAGUAUUCUAAUAACAGAGGGAGGAUGUGAAGUAUUGACAGCAAGAUUACCUACAUCACCACCUUUAGAUUUUAAAAUAUGAG